CUCUUUGUUAUUCUUUUAUCUGCUAAGUUUUCAGAAAGGUUAGAAAGUGGAGAGAACUUUGCUGAGCAAACACUCUGUCCCCGCUGGCUCCGAGCUGCACCAACUGCCCAAGUCUUAUCUUCCCCUUGCUUGUUAUCUCCAAGGAUGUAAAACAUUUUUUCUCCAUGCCUUUUCAUUUCUCUGUAACACUAGCCAUUCGGUUGGCCUGAAACAUUACCAAUUCAUUUCCUGCUGGCUUUUACCUCUGUGUGUGUGUGUCUGUGUAUGGGAGGGUCUACCUUGUAUAAAUAAAUACUUUUCUGAAUAUUCUUUUGCAUAGUAUGGCUCUAAAAUGUCCCAUUGACUUAAUAAUUUCUACUUAGACUCUGAGUCAUUUUAUAUGCCCAAAAGAAAUAUCUUAAUGCUCUCGUUCCCCGGGAAGGGAGAGAGGGAGGAAAAGAAAGCUAAUGUUACGGCCGUGCAAAUCCAGACUGCUUUCUUUUCGUCCUUACAAGUGGUGCUUUUCAAAGCGUUUGGCGUCCCUGCUGUAUGGAUGUGUCACUGUGCAAGAUGACAACAGGAUUUGCUGGGAAUGUGGGCCACUAUUGUGUCCGCCUUACGUAACCACGUGGAGUGAUGGAAAUGGGUGAGCAGCCAGGGAUGUAGGCGGUGGCCUGACCCAUGAUCUCCGGAGGCCAUGAAGACUGCUCAGGUCUUCCACAGGAUGUGGAUCCAGGCUGUUAAAAAGUUGGGGAGAUUGAAAGGCCAUGCCCCAGGCAUGGAAGAGCUGAUAUGGGAACAGUACACUGUGACCCUUCAAAAGGAUUCCAAAAGAGGAUUUGGAAUUGCGGUGUCUGGAGGCAGAGACAACCCCCACUUCGAAAAUGGAGAGACAUCGAUUGUCAUUUCGGACGUGCUCCCGGGCGGGCCUGCUGACGGGUUGCUCCAAGAAAAUGACAGAGUGGUCAUGGUGAAUGGCACCCCCAUGGAGGACGUGCUCCAUUCAUUUGCAGUUCAGCAGCUGAGAAAAAGUGGGAAGGUCGCGGCCAUCGUGGUCAAGAGGCCCCGGAAGGUGCAGGUGGCCCCGCUGCAUGGCAGCCCUGCGCUCAAUCACGACGACCGGGCUUUUGAGGUGAUGGACGAGUUUGACGGCAGAAGCUUCCGCAGUGGGUACAGCGAGAGGAGCCACGGGGGGCGCAGCCACAGCUGGGAGGACAGCCCGGAGCGAGGGCGUCCCCACGAGCGGGCGCGGAGCCGGGACCGCAGCCGCGGCCGCAGCCUGGAGCGCGGCCUGGACCACGACUACGAGCGCGCACGAGACCGCAGCCGCGGCCGCAGCCUGGAGCGCGGCCUGGACCACGACUACGAGCGCGCCCGGGACCGCAGCCGGGGCCGCAGCCUGGAGCGCGGCCUGGACCACGACUACGAGCGCGCCCGGGACCGCAGCCGCGGCCGCAGCCUGGAGCGCGGCCUGGACCACGACUUUGCGCCACGCCAGCACCGGGAGCGCAGCCGCGGCCGGAGCAUCGACCGGGACUAUGGCCAGGCCUACGACCCCGACUACGAGCGCGCCUACAGCCCGUCGGCGGACUACGGCCGCAGAGCCCAGCACGACGCCCGGUACCCGGUGGCCCGCAGCCGCGAGCACCUGCGCUCCCGCAGCCCCAGCCCCGAGCCCAGGGGGCGGCCAGGGCACGCGGGCCAGCAGGACCCGGACAGGCCCAUCGGGGUCCUUCUGACGAAAAGCAAAGCGAAUGAAGAGUAUGGUCUCCGGCUUGGGAGCCAAAUCUUCAUAAAGGAAAUGACCAGAACAGGCCUGGCAACUAAAGACGGCAACCUUCACGAAGGGGACAUAAUUCUCAAGAUCAAUGGAACUGUAACAGAGAACAUGUCUUUAAUGGAUGCUCGGAAAUUGAUAGAAAAGUCAAGAGGAAAACUGCAGCUAGUGGUGUUGAGAGACAGCAAGCAGACCCUCAUCAAUAUCCCGUCAUUAAACGACAGUGACUCGGAAAUAGAAGAUAUCUCGGAAAUAGAGUCAAACCGAUCAUUUUCUCCGGAGGAGAGGCGCCAGCAGCAUUCCGAUUAUGACUAUCAUUCCUCCAAUGAGAAGCUGAAGGAAAGGCCCAGUUCAAGAGAGGACACGCCGAGCAGACUGUCCAGGAUGGGCGCCACGCCCACUCCAUUCAAGUCCACGGGGGAUAUUGCAGCUGCGGUUGUCACAGAGACUAACAAGGAGCCCAGAUACCAAGAGGAACCCCCAGCUCCUCCACCAAAAGCAGCCCCGAGAACUUUUCUUCGUCCUAGUCCUGAAGAUGAAGCAAUAUAUGGCCCUAAUACCAAAAUGGUGAAGUUCAAGAAGGGGGACAGUGUGGGACUCCGUUUGGCCGGCGGCAAUGACGUCGGGAUAUUUGUCGCUGGCAUUCAAGAGGGGACCUCGGCGGAGCAGGAAGGCCUUCAAGAAGGAGACCAGAUUCUGAAGGUGAACACACAGGAUUUCAGAGGGCUGGUUCGGGAGGACGCCGUUCUCUACCUGUUAGAAAUCCCCAAAGGUGAAAUGGUGACCAUUUUAGCUCAGAGCCGAGCUGAUGUGUAUAGAGACAUACUGGCUUGUGGCAGAGGGGAUUCGUUUUUCAUAAGAAGCCACUUUGAAUGUGAGAAGGAGACUCCGCAAAGCCUGGCCUUCACCAGGGGCGAGGUCUUCCGGGUGGUGGACACGCUGUACGACGGCAAGCUGGGCCACUGGCUGGCUGUGAGGAUCGGAAACGAGUUGGAGAAAGGCUUAAUCCCCAACAAAAGCAGAGCGGAACAAAUGGCGAGUGUUCAGAACGCCCAGAGAGACAAUGCUGGGGACAGGGCAGAUUUCUGGAGAAUGCGUGGCCAGAGGUCCGGGGUGAAGAAGAACCUGAGGAAGAGUCGGGAAGACCUCACGGCCGCCGUGUCCGUUAGCACCAAGUUCCCCGCUUACGAGAGGGUCUUGCUGCGAGAAGCUGGUUUCAAGAGACCUGUGGUCUUAUUCGGCCCCAUAGCAGAUAUAGCAAUGGAAAAGUUGGCGAAUGAGUUACCUGACUUAUAUCAAACUGCUAAAACAGAACCAAAAGACGCAGGAUCCGAGAAAUCCAGUGGAGUGGUUCGGUUAAAUACUGUGAGGCAAAUUAUUGAACAGGACAAGCAUGCACUACUGGAUGUAACUCCGAAAGCUGUGGACCUCUUGAAUUAUACCCAGUGGUUCCCGAUUGUGAUUUUUUUCAACCCAGACUCUAGACAAGGUGUCAAAACCAUGAGGCAGAGGUUGAAUCCAGCAUCAAACAAAAGUUCUCGAAAGUUGUUUGAUCAAGCCAACAAACUUAAAAAAACGUGCACACAUCUUUUCACGGCUACAAUCAACCUAAAUUCAGCCAAUGACAGCUGGUUUGGCAGCUUGAAGGACACCAUUCAGCAUCAGCAAGGAGAAGCCGUGUGGGUCUCGGAAGGAAAGAUGGAAGGGAUGGACGAUGACCCCGAAGACCGCAUGUCCUACUUAACCGCCAUGGGCGCGGACUAUCUGAGCUGCGACAGCCGCCUCAUCAGCGACUUUGAAGACACGGACGGCGAGGGAGGCGCCUACACCGACAACGAGCUGGACGAGCCUGCCGAGGAGCCGCAGGUGUCGCCCAUCGCCCGCUCCUCGGAGCCGGUGCAGCACGAGGAGAGCAUAAGGAAACCUAGCCCAGAGCCACGAGCUCACAUGAAGAGGGCUGCUAGCAGCGAUCAACUUAGGGACAGUAGCCCACCCCCAGCAUUCAAGCCAGAGCCGCCGAAGGCCAAAACCCAGAACAGAGAAGAAUCCUACGACUACAAGUCCAACCCCUCUGCCGUCGCUGGGAGUGAAAUUCCUGGGGCAUCCACCAAAAGUUAUCCUCCUCCUGUUGCAGCGAAACCUGCCUUUGGGCGGUCUAUCCUGAAGCCCUCCACCCCCGUCCCUCCCCCCGAGGGUGAGGAGGUGGGAGAGAGCAGCGAGGAGCCGAAUAACACUCCCAAAUCAGUCCUGGGCAAAGUCAAAAUAUUUGAGAAGAUGGAUCACAAGGCCAGAUUACAGAGAAUGCAGGAGCUGCAAGAAGCACAGAAUGCAAGGAUUGAAAUUGCUCAGAAGCAUCCUGAUAUCUAUGCUGUUCCCAUCAAAACCCACAAGCCGGACCCCAGCCUGCCUCAGCACGCAAGCUCCAGAGCCCCGGAACCACAGAAAAGUCCUUCCAGACUCUAUCAGGACGCCAGAGGGAGUUACGGCAGUGACGCGGAGGAGGAGGAAUACCGCCAGCAGCUGUCGGAACACUCCAAGCGUGGCUACUAUGGCCAGUCUGCCCGAUACCGGGACACGGAAUUAUAGUUGCCCGAGAAUGGACUCUCUGGGCCCAUCGGCUGCCACGGCAGAGUGACACUGCCACCAGGCCACUGCGAUGAUUCUCCAGUUAAAAUGCACUGCACAGAUGCCGUGGGACUUGGGCUGGCGUGUUCUCACGGGGAGCCGGGGACGGGGACAGCCAGCACAAAUUAAGAACUGAAGGCUCUGUUUGCGGGACUGGGUUAGAGGAGUCUGUGGCUUUUGCUGAGAAAUAAGAGGAAUCCUACAGUUUGAUACUGUUACUCGCUUCAGUGGACCAAAAUCUGUAUUAAUUCUGUUUGCGUAUUUUUGAUAUGUAUAUUAAGAAGCAAUAACUAUCUUUCCUCAUCGGUAGCUGCCUUCCAGGACCGUGUCAAUGUGAGGUAGAAUGUGAAAAAAGGAAUAAAAAAUACUGUUGGACUCGAACUAAAUUCAAAUAAGUAUUUUAUUGCAACUCUCUAAGUGCCUUUGAUGAGAAGUGUCUUAAUUUUUUCUUCCUUUGAAGCUUUCUGCAGCGCCAUAAUGGACUAAAACAUUAUUUUGACUAAAUUUUUAUACCAGUGUAAUAGCCGUGGUUUUCCCUGCACUGUGUCAUCUUUUCAAGGCGUUCUGUCUUUGUAAUAUUUUCCAUAAAUUCUGACUGUAUAUAUAAUAGCUGUAUUUGGUAGUUUGGCUAUAAGUCUUCAGUAGCUUGAGUCCAAGAAGUUAGUAUAGAAAGUUUUUGUUUGUUUGUUUCAAACCAAGUGCUCCACAAAAGCAGAUACUCAAGGAAAACACAUUUUGUUUCCAAAAGUGUGUAUUGACAACUGUUUUAUAAUUUAAUAAAAAGGAGUACAUUGCAAUC